AGAAUGGAAAGACUGCUCUGAUGAAGGCCAAGAGAUCACCUCACUCUAACCCUUCAGUAAUAAAGCUGUUGGAGGAAGCUACUGAAUCACAUUCAUGCUCGCAGCAUGUUCCAGUCCUCCCUAAGAACUGGACCGUUGCCACUGACACAGAAACGAAGAAGCCAGUCUACCAGAACAAGGCAGCAGGGGAAACCCUCUCCACGCCACCUGGAUAUCCCCUGCACCAAACCUCCGCACACCCUGAUGUCACUUUUUAUGGUGAACCUCAAGAGAAGGAGUUCACCUCCAGUGGUGGCCACGCUGACUUUGAUAAUGGAGUUGAAGUGACUGUUCCAGCUAAUGCUGUCCCAGCAGGGACCUCUGUGGGCAUUAAAGUCCAACCCAGCCUUGCCCCUAGGGAUGUGUUUAUGAUGCCUGAGGGCAUUCAAUCUGCCAGUCCGUCCUACUUGAUCUCUGGUGAAGGUCUAAACGGAGAGGUGACCCUGAGCAUGGAGCAUCAUGUACGAGUGUCCACCCAACAAGAAGCUGAUGACCUCCUCUUUCUCCAAGCUGACUCGUCUCCCAAGAGAUCUGGUUCUCAUAGUGUCUAUGAGUACCAGGUAUCAGAGGGAAGGUCAAAGUUCACUCCUGGAGGGAACACUGGGAGACUGACGCUGGGCACACGACUGAAGAACUUCUUUAAAAUUGGUCAGAGAAGAAUAAAAGGCAAAGCUGACAGUAACCUCUACACUGUCAGAGUCUACCGGUCUCCUCCACACACAACUGGGGACAGAAUGGCUCUUGUCAUUGUCAGCUACUUUAACCGUUUGUUUCUCGAUUUCUUGCGGAGGUUUGAGGUUGACGUCAUUCCCCGAGAGUAUCCACACUUGUCAAGUAGCCCUGCUGAUAUGACAAUCAAACAACCUCUUUGUUUUGUCAAAGUCGAUGCAGUACUGGAGCUAGUCUGUGACCCAGCCUGGAGGAGUGUGCCUGACCAGAGAACGAUUUCCCAAGAAGAAGUGGACCUGCCAGUGAUUGGUCAGUUCUUGCCAGAGGAGCUUCAGUACUAUCCACCCAGGAUAGUGUGUCGGUUCUUCCCCGAGCAAGGAGCUGCCUCCUGCACCACAUGCACUCUCUCACUGUGCGGCUUUGACAAGCCAGUCAGUGUGGACAUGGCACUGCUCACUCCUCAGAGAUCAGUGGACACUAAACAACUCAAGGAAGCCACUGAAGUACUGAGGAGAACAGUUGGUGAGAUGACCACCUCACAGCUUGGCUCUACUGUGGAUACUGUACUGUCACUAAUGGAGAAAAUGACAGCUGCACUUCAGUCAUCUUCUCUGAGUGAGCUGACAGCCCACACUGACUCCAUACGGACAGAGAUAAAGGCUGUCCUUGUAGUGACCAGGAGGGUUGUCCAGGAGUGCACAGUACAGAGCAUCAGUGAGAACAUGGGAGCCAGUCUCUCUAAGAUGGAGAUUUUAUCUCACCAGCUUUGUCAUGUGGCCAGGGUCAAACUCAGAUACUGUCUAGACCAGUCAGAGGAGACAGCUGCUCUUAUUGACCUGGUGGAGAAUGGAGCUAAUCUGUUGAGAGCUGUGGACCGUCUACUCAGGGACAUGCACACACUCAGUGGAGUCAGCGGUAACGCUGGCUACAGUGUGCUGGUGAGCUGCAGUGAGAAGAUAGUCCAGUCACUCUCUGAGGACCCGAAGGCCUUGGCCCUCCACCUCCUGUCAGCUGGGCUCAUCACUUUAUCUAUUCUUGAGAAAACCAACGAGUUGAAUGAGACCAAGAGAGAGAAGGCCACCAGACUGUACACUGCCCUGCUGGGUGUGGUCAAACACCACCCCCACAAGUACCACGAGUUUGUCUCCACUCUCAGACUCAACCCACUACACACUGACUUGGUCACACAAUUAGAUAGUUUGUCAAAGACAUGAUUAUGCAUGAGAUUGUGUUGUGCAUGCUUUUGCUUUAGUUUUACUUCUUUUACUAUUUUUACAAUCUUUACUCAACAAACUUUAGCUUUUUUGUGCUUUGAAUUUACAUCGUUAAUUAAUAACAAAA